GUCUGAGCCGCGGGCCAAGGGCGGCGGUGGCAAGGGCAAGAGCAAAGGAGUUGGCAAGGCAGGCAAGACCAACGCGAGCGGAGCCAACCCCCUGGACUACGUCCGCUGUGCGAACUGCUCGUACAAGUGGAACUUCAAGGCCAGGGUGGAGUGCUACAACUGCAAGAAGCCGCUCAAGCCUGCCGCAGUGGACGAGCCUCCGCAGCUACGGGCAUCGGCGUGGUCAUUCGUGCGCGAGCCGUGGGUGCGGCACUCUGACGACUGGUUCAGGUACGAGGCGCCGCCACCGCAGCCCGCCCCGCCGUCGGAUGCAGAGUGCCUCGCGGCGUUGGCGGCCAGGCAUCCCGAGCACGGCCAGCAGCUCGAGGCCAUCAAGAUGGCAGUCGCACCACCGCCCGUUGCGGCCACGGUGUUGCCAGAUGUGGCCCUCAACCGCGCCCGGGCCAAGCAGCGGCGGGCUCAAGCCGCCUUCCUCUCCAAGUCCCAGCAGGUCCACGACGCCGAGCAGUGGCUCCAGGCCUGCCGCGAGGAGGAGGUGCGUGCUGGUGAGCUCGUCCUGGCGUGCAACGUGGAGGUGGAGGAGGCCUACAAGGCAGCAGCGCCCAAGGGCGUCCAGGUGCAGGCGCAGGAGGCGCAGGAGCCUGGCGCCAAGACUCAGCCUGCCGUGGGCCUCAACGUCACGGCGCUUUUGGCGGAAGACUUCCAGGUCGAGGCAGGCGACGCCUUCAGGCUGGACGACCCCGACCUGGACAUCACCGACACGGAGCGCGAGGAGUUCAACAAGUCCCUGGAAGGCUUCGUCGAGCAAGUCAAGCAGCACGUGCGCACCACCUUCGGUGAGGCCAAGACGCAGCUGGAGCAGAGGCGCAGCGAGAUCGACGCCAAGCACCAGCAGCUGCUGGCCAGGCCCCCACCCCUGGGCAGCCUGAGGCCCCUGCUCGGCCUCCUGUUGCUCACCCUCCAGAGCCACCCAGCCUCCGCGGCCCCGAUGGCGCAGCCAAGUUGGCUCAGCUCAGGCGGGACUUGGCAGCAGCAGCCGCCGUUCCAGCUGGGGGCGCAGAUGCGUAAGGCCCAGUCCUGGGGACCUGAUGCGCCGCCGGAGGCCAAGCCACGAGAGCCCAGACUCGUCCGCCUGGGCAGGCGGGAGCGGGCCAUCCUGGCCACGCGUACGCGCCGCAUGGCUCGGCACUGGCGCCCUACCCCGUCGCUGGGGACCACGGCUCAGGACCGCAGGCACUGGGACUCCUACUGCGUGCCGUACAUCUUCCACCAGCUGGGCUCUGGGGAGUACACAGCCAUGCUGGACGACCUGGCAGCCACCACGGGCAGCGGAUCCCGAAUUGCCGAGCGCAUGAGGAUUGCACGGGAGUUGGGUGACGAAGCCUGGAACCGUGGAGGGGAUGCCAGGCGCCUCCAGCGGCAGUGGUUGGAGCAUCUGCAAGUGGCUAAUCAGGAUGCUUUCGAGCGUGAGGCGGCUCAGCAGGACCGCGCCCAGUCAGCCGCGGAGCGGUGGUUCGACCGCCAGCCCCAGGCGACGUCGGGAACGCAGGCCCCCACCGUCUACUUCGACGACCGCAUCCACUGCUGGAGGUUGUGCGCCGCGAAGGUGCUGGAGGCCGACCUCGGCCCAUCCACCUCGUCUGGGACCUCGGAGGAGCCGCUGCGUUGCUCUGCCUCGCCCGUUGAAUGCACCGAGCUCACUCCCACCCCAGCCGCGUGCAACCUCACGGACGAGCACCGAGGCUCAGCUGUCUCAUCUGGGGAAAGCCACUGCGGCCCUGGGCAGCCUAACAUCAUCGAGAUGGCCCAUGAGACUGUGGCACACCCUACCGAGGGCGGGGACGUCAGUGUCGGCAGUGUUGGCGGCCAGUCCACCGGCAGCGGGACUUCGGCAAAGCCCCAGUGCGACGUCGCCAAGUAUCGACCCUCAGCAGCAGGAGCCCGCAGAGGCAAGCGUCGACAGCGGAGCCACAGGCGCUUCACCUUCCACAGCGUCAAUGCCAGCCUCAGCUGGGGCAACGUUGUGGGCUACCUCCACGGCGCGGCACACCAGCAGCUCACCGAGGGCAAGAUUCCGAUCAUCGGUUUCCAGGAGCACGGCAAGCGGCGCUUAUGGGCCGAAGAGAGCGCACGGGCCCUGCUGCCCUUGGGCUGGAGGGCCCUGCCCACGCCAGCGACGGACGGCCCGAAUGGAGGGGCCUCGGCGGGCGUCUUGCUGGCGAUACCUGCCUGCGUCGGCGUCGCUCUUGCAUCUGGACAGCGACACUGGGACAUAUCUCCCCCAGGUUGUGCAGGCAGGCUCCUGAUGGCCACCCUCGAGGCCAAGGGCAUCGGCAAGUUACUGGUUUUCUGUGCGUAUUGCUUCACUGGCCGCGUCGUAGCGUGGCAAGGGGAAGGGGGCACCAACCGCUCCCCGCACGGUGAGCGCGUGAUCGAUUAUUUCUGGAUGCACUCCAGUUUGGCUGCCAAUAUUUCCCCAGCCCGCAUUGACGACGACGCGGUCUACCACCCUCAUAGAGCCACAUGGGUCGAGUUUCAGCAGCCUUGGUCGGCCUUUACCUACACCAAGCUCAUCCGACCCCACAAGUUCCCGAUCCCAGGAGUCAAGCCGAGGCACUUCGAUCUCUCGUGCCCAGACGUGCCUGCAGGUUUCGACCCCGAUGCGGUGCCUACCCAGGAGCUCCUGGACGACACCUGGGAGGCUUUCUGCCACGCCGCCGAGGAGGAGCUGAUCCAGAAGGUGGGUUUGGACCCCAGCAGUCGGCAAGCCGAUCAAUGCCGAGGGCGUGGGGGACCACCGCGCUUCAGGAAGUGCCCGUUGCUCCCGACCCACACCGAGGCCAUCGCUUCGUACGGGGAGGCCAAGCGUUGGAGGUGGUUUGCCAACGAGUUGGCUUGGCUGGGCAUCAUUGAAGUAAAGCUUUUCAGCUACACGGGCGCUUCCGACCUGGUCCUCACCACGUUGCACCAGCAGCGGCACGCCUCCAUCCGCAAGUUGCGUGACCGCUUCAGGCACCACAUGCUGUUAGAAGGCGUGGCUGAGCUGCAGGAGUUCUUCGAGGUUUUCACGUCUCGGGACCGCGGCUAUGAAGACUUGCAGGAGCUCUCGGCUUGGCACCUCAGCUGCAGUCAGUAUGCCUCGUACUUGGAGUGGCAGAUCGGCAAGGAACGACGAGAUUCCUUCAAGCAGCGGUUGGAGGACGACUUCCCAGGCUCGCAGGGGCUCCUCCACAGGGUCACCAAGUGGCGCCAGGCUUGGCAGGGUCCCAAGGGCAGCAUCUCCAAGAAGCUGCUCCCAGCGGCGCCUCAGGCCGCCGUGGACCAGGAGUUGCACGACUGGUCGAAGGUCUGGACCACUGGCUCCGGUUUCCCCAAGCCGUGGAGGGGCCUCCAGCAAGUCGCCGUCACGCCGCCCAGCCCUCACCACCUGCGCGCUUUGGCCCAGCGUUUCAGGGCCAAGACGGGGAUUGGCGUGGACGGAUGGCAACCCAAGCUUUGGGCCUACCUCACGGACGGCACGCUCUCGGUGCUCGCGUCAUUGCUGGCCUGGUGCCAACAACUGGGGCGGUGGCCGUCCCAGGUCCACCUCCUGCUCGUUUUCAUCAUCGGGAAGCUCGAUGGAGGGGGCCGACCCAUCAUUCUUCUACCUGGCCCUUGCCGAAUCUGGGAGGCGUGGCAGCUGCCCACCAUCAGGAGCUGGUUGGCGGCGCACCCCAGGAGCUACGACUACACGGCGGCGGGCCAAUCAUCGGAGCGUGCGCUGUGGAAAGCUUUGUUGGACGACGAGCUCGUGUUGGGCACAGGCAUACGUGCGGCCACGAUGCUGGCGGACCUCGCCAAGUGUUAUGAGAAGGUUCCGCAUGAGCGUAUGUGGUGGCUAGCAGCUUGGUGGGACGGCCCGCUGGAGGUGGUCGCGCUCGCCCUGGAAAGUUUCGCCUUUGGCCGUGUCAUUCGUCUCGGGGAGGCCUGCUCGGCGGAGGUCCUGUCCUCCACAGCGCUCCCAGCGGGCAGCCGUUUCGCGCCCACCUUCCUGAGGUUCUACCUCACGCUGUGCUUAGACGACCUGCUGGGGGUUUUCCGCCUCACGAUCUACUUGCACGUUGAUGACAUCGCCCUGCGGGUCAUGUCCACCGAGGCGCGCGUCUUGCACAUGCUGCCGCAGGCCACGCGCUUGCUGUUUUGGAUGCUGGAGUCCUUCUUGGGCCUGGAGGUAGCCCGAGCGCGGGACGGGGCGAGAGGCAAGUGCUCUUUCCUGCAAACGGCCACUCCGUCUUCAGGCUUGACGCAGGCCAUGGCCGUCCUGGGAGUACCGCCCAGCACCUCCGAGCGGUGGCUCGGCAUCGACUACGGUCCCAGCGUCAAGACAGAGAACCAGUCAGCCCCAGUCAGACACGCGCGGCUCAAGAUAGCCAAGCAGCGUUGGCCUAAGAUCCGCGGCCUUCCUCGUGCACGCGGGGGCAAGCUCGAGAUGGUCGUGCGGCAGGGCCUCGGAGCCUCGGUCGCCUACGGCGCCCGUGUCCGCGGCGCGCCCGGGCCCAUCGUGCGUUUCAUACAGCAGAAGGAUCGGGCCGUCCGCAGGGGCGCCACAGCUUUUACCUCCCGAGUCUUGCACAACGGCCUCGACCCCAGUUGCGCCGACACCCUCGUUCUGGCACCGCUGCUGGCUUUGGCGAGGGAAGCUUGGGACCACCCAGAGGGGCGGCGUGCGCAGGCCACAGCAUGGGCCCGAGUGCAGCAACAGCUCGCGCUGUACAUGGACGCCGACGCUCAGGAGUUGUGGUCAGUGGUGCGCGGCCCAGCGGGGGCCACUUCAGUCACAGUUCGAGCCCAUGGUUGGAGCAUGCCGUCAGCCUUCGAGAUUGUCUUGCCUCCACGUGGCGGGGUGCUCCAAGGAGGGGACGUCCAUCUUAAUCUACUGCAGAUUUGCCCCAAGUCGGUCGAGGCCGCCGUGCUUUUGGCCGCCCGUUCCAGAGCCCUGUGCCAGUGGGCGGCGGCUCAGCCCGAGCGGGCUGCGCUCCUGCCAGCGCCGUGGCUCACCCCAGCGAGGCAGUUGGUCAAGCGGCGCAAGCAGGACGGGUGGCUGCAACACCAUGCCGACGCGGUCAAGAAGGCGGUGUUGGGCGGUUUCCCUUCGCAGGGGGCCCUUUUCUCUUCGGGCCAGGCGGGCACUCCGUAUUGCCAGCUUUGCGACGACACGACCUGUUUCGGCACCCACCAGCACUAUUACUGGCGGUGCGGCAGCCCGACGUGUGCUACGGUGAGGGAGCAGCUGACGGCCCACGACGCGUCACCUACCUUCAGAGACGUCGGCCACCUGGGCGUGUCGGCCUCCUCGUCGGAAGCCUCAAGAUGGUUGUGGGAGCGGGGUUUGCGGCGAACCCCAUGUUACGGCUUGGCUUGGAGUCUACCGUCGCAGCGCACCCAUUGGAUCGUCAAUGGCGCGGCCCCCGAGCUCACCGAUGUGCUGGUUUCGGACGGAUCAGUCAAAGGCUUGGAUGACCUCAGGCACGGCGGCUGGGCGGCUUUGCAGUGCACAGCGGAGGCCGACGACGUGGUGCAGGGCCUGUACGGCCCACUGCCCUUUCCCGACCCCAGCUCGGUCCUGGCAGAGUUGUGGGGUCUCCUCCACGCCCUCAGGCAGUCGGUCUUCAUCACGGCCAUCAUCAUUGACAAUGCUCAGGUGGUCCAAGGCUUGGCUCGUGGCAGGGCAUGGUGUUGUUCAGCGGCCAGACCCUAUGCGCACGUCUGGCUCGAGAUCUGGGAUCGCCUGGAUGACAUGGACAUCCUUCCUGGCAGAGAGUUGUCGGUCAUCAAGGUCGCCUCGCACAUAUCGCAGGCCAAACGCCUAGAGCUGCCAGAGCAGGUCCAGAUUCACAUGAGGCACAAUGACUUAGCCGACGAAUGGGCCAAGCAAGGAGCAGACCUCAGCGCGCCGCCAGAGUGGGCCACGUUGCAGGUCAAGCAGGAGCUCAAGGCCACCAAGCGCGUGCUCGAGUACAUCGGGCACUUCAGGGUCCUCCUCGACGGGGUCAAGUUGGCGGAGCCUAGGCACCCGCACGUUCUGGAAGUGUGCCGCGGUUAUUCCAAGUGCACCAACUGCGGCAAGGCGCCGCCGCUCGGCCUGUGCGACAGCGAGCAGACCAUGGGGAUCAGGGACGCCCAUGGCUACGACGAUACCGACGAGUUCGCGGCCCUCAGCGCGCACAGCGACCUCGAGGUGGUGGAGGCAGACGGCAAGGCCACGCAGGCCACAGGCACCCAGGCGUCAGAGCGCGAGACGUGGGCGACGGUGCUGCGGCUGGCGCUGGGGCAGCUCCUGUUCCCACGGUGCCGCCUGCUGAUCAACCCGCUGGCGAGCCUGGAGCUGAUCAGGGGCGGCCUGGCACCGCUGGCGGGGUCCCCGCCGCCCUCGGCUGGGGCUGCGGCGGCCUCGGAGCCAGAGCGGGGUGCGCGCGGGCGGGCGGCCUCUGCCCAGCCCGCCAG